AACAGUCGCGCUUCUGCGUUCGCAUUCGUCGCGUCGUUAUGUGUCUUCGUUAUGUUGUAUCGUUCGGGCAAACUUAAUCGGAGAUAAACGAUAAGGGGGUGGAAAUCACGAUUCCCACGAAUAUCCUCUAACGUAGAACUCAAUUUCUUUCUCAAAUUCCGACGAAUAUUCGUACGAACAAGCUGUAAUUGUUCCGUUGUAAAACGCGAAACGAUUCGUUUUCAUCGUAAUUUCUCGUCCCGAGCGUGAAUCGAUGAGUCCGUAGCUUCGAAACGAGGCGUCCGGAAUUCCCAUUGUUGCCGCCAGAAUUCGAAGCGCGACGUGCACGCGCGAAAGAGUGCUUCAUCGACGUAAGUGAAUGCAAAACGGGCGUUCCGCGCCGAGGGGGAGAUCGGGAGGGAAGACGAAGUACGUAAACGUAAAUCGAAGACUCGACCUUAGCCGUUGAACUCGGAUGCGAUUGGGCGCCAGAGAAGGAUUGAUUUUUCCCAAUAGGGCGAAUGAAACGAACGAGGAACUUUGGCGAGCGACGAGUUCCUUCAUCGAUCCUCGCGAGAAGAGAGUGAUUGAUUCCUAAAGACCAAAUCAGGAAAUAGUAAUUAGAAUUAUCCAGGGAUCUUGGGAAUCGACAGAGGGGAUAAAUAUAAUUUUACGUUGUUUCAUAGCUUCAGUCGUCGAGACAAUUGCAACCCCUAAGAUGCUAUAGAUUCUCGUUAAGUCGCUCGGCAGCGGAAUCAUAACUCAGGGGGAGGGAAAGUGCGCAAAGGGGUAAUAAAUUCGUGACGAGGGAAAUCGUUCGAACGAGAAUUACGUCCACAGGAAGAGAACUUGGAUCUUGGAUCAAGGAAUUACGUAGGAGCAGCCGAGGGAGGAGACGAUCGAGGAAAAUCGAGCAGAAAAGCGCGAAGAAGUAAUAAGUUAGGCGUUAAUAGCAAAUUGGAGGAAACGAAUAGUUUUUUCCCGGGCGAUUUUAAUUGGCAUUUGAUCGAUCAGCGUCUCGUUAAUAAGCGAUGGAUGGAGAAAGGCAGGGGGGAGAAAAAAAUAUAACUGUCUUUGAAAUGAAUCGAGAGGAUGAUAAUAAUUUAGUGGACCGUUUGAAGGCGACAGAGUCGAUCGAAGGAGAGGACGUAAGGUUUCCCUGAAUCUCGCGGUCCUCCCACCGAUAAGAUUACUUUUCACGAAACGUGCCAGCUAAUUUCGAGUAAUAGCUCCUUUGUAAUUGCCCAGACCCUCUCUAGAGAUUAUUGCCUGGAUGCGGCUGCGUGCGUGCCCCGCGUUGCAUUAUGCAACGGAAGCAACGAUUUAAUCGACCAGAGACUGCUCGCUCUGAAUCACUACAAGAUUACCGCAGGGACCCGGUUAGACCCAACAAAGAAGCUUGGCAAACGUUGAAACGUUGUAUAAACGAUCGAAACACCCAAUUCGAACCGAAAAGUUAGACUGUAGAUCGCUAACUUGUGUUUAGACACGAUCUCUUAGGAUACGGAGAAUCAUCGUAUGUCUCGAUGCAAUUGCGAGCGUACACCGUCGAUGGAAUGGGGGAUAUUUUGGUUGAGUUCUAAUGAAACGAUAUAAAAAUAGAAAAAGUAGAGCAGUUUCCGAUCUCGCGUGGACCGGGAAGACAAUUUUAGUUGCCGGUUCCUGGAGUGUUCGUGCGUCGAGGGAGAUCGAAUGAGUCAAGUUUAAACAACCGCUGAAGAAUCCUCCAGCUGUCGUGCCGACGCCGUGCUCGUAGGUUCGUUGCCGUGAUUCGUAUCGAUACUCGACCAUUUUAUCACGCUUCUAGUCGGGUGUCUGGCGCUCCUAUACGAGAACAAACCUCGCGGCAAAAAAUGGUGCAGUGAAAACCGCGAAAAGGAACCGAGAUCCGUGUGCAAUAACCUUGUACAAAUAUUUGAAGUUGUGGUCGGCGUGGUUUAGCGGGGAAAAAUUGAAGUAUCUAUCGAGCGCGUAGCCGUUUGGAAACUUUUGUGCGCCACUGUAUUUCGUCAUCGAGCUACGAGGACCAAUUAAUUUGUAGCUACAAUCGUGAACGAGGACUCUGUGGAAAACGACGUUCGCUGGAACCGGAGUGAAGUGAAAUCGCUCAAGGCCACAUUCCUCCUUUCGAGGCCAUUCAAGUGCAAUUUGACUGCCACGAAACGGGUCCCGCGAUGACGAUGAGAAGCCUGAUCCCCUUGGCGCUCGUCUGGGUGUCAGCGGUUCUAUCAACGGCGGAGACGACGUUCAACAAAUGUUGUCCAACCGGGGAGAUUUUCUCCGAUGAAAAGGGGAAGGCGUGCGUCCCGGCGCCAUCGAGCGCGAUGGAACUUUACAGCAUCGGUGACGACACGUCGUUUCCGAAUUGCACGGUGGUGGACGACAUCAGGAUCACCCUCCUCUCCUCGAUGCAGGCCACCAGUUACCUGCGGAAGCCAUGCCUCGAAAUUCUGUACCAACGAGCCACGCGUAAGAGCGACCCGAUAGUCGUGGAUUGUCGAUCGAACGAAGAUAGUCCCAAAGAGCAUACAUCGGGCGUGUCAUCGCCACGAUUGCUGAGCGUCAGGAGGUGCUGUCAAAAAAAUACAGUUUUCGACGUGGCCACGAAAAGCUGCGUACCGUUGGUCGACGCUAUCGGCGACGGGAAUUAUUCGAACGUGGACGAGUUUAUAUCGUUGCUGCCAGAAGUGUCGAACGCGGUGGAUUUUUUCAACGUCUUCAAAGGCCCGCCCGAUUGUGGAAGAGAAGCGAUGUUCACCUACGAAGUCGACACUGAAGACGUUAUGUUCGAGAAUGGACUAAUAAAGGUGAAAUUGCCGUCGUUGGACGACAAAUCCAACGAGUGGUUCAAUAUAACCGCUGAGAAUAGCUGCGUGGAUUUGACGAAGAAUUCAAGGAGGAAACGGCAACUCGUGGUUCGCGUUUGCAGAAGCUCGAGAGCGUGCCAGAGCCAUUCAUGCGUGAAGAAGUGUUGUCCAGAGAACGAAGGAUUCACCAAAACUUUGACGAAUUGUUCCAAAAUCGCCGCGUCCGAUUCCCCGUCAAUUUUUUACCAGACAGUUUCGAGACUCACGAACGAGACAUGGAACGACACAGGAACCGGAAUAUGGUCCGCGUUGAAGUGCGAGUUUGGGAUGUACAAGAUCGAUGGCAUCGAAAUACUCGGUCUGACACCAAAAGGAUACUUGGUAUGGUCUAAACUAUCUUCGAUAGCUUUCCACGACGAGUACUGCUUAGAAGUGUUCCACAACGAGACCAGCUUGAACGAAACUACACAUAUACUGGCUAAAAUAUGCUUCCCGGGGCCAACAAAAGAACCUGCGAUCAGUGAUUUCAGAUUCAAAGUUAAUAGCAUCCUGGAGAUGAUAAGUUGCUUUUUUCUGCUGUUGACGUUGUUGGUGUACAUUUGUUUGCCCGCACUUCAAAAUCUGCAUGGAAAAACCUUGAUGUGCCACGCUGCGAGCCUCCUAAUGUCUUACGUUUGUCUUGCCAUAAUGCCUUGGUUGACACCGACGCGGACUCCUCAUAAUACAAAUGGAGGCUCUAAAUAUUGUACAAUACUGGGAAUCGUCAUGUAUUUCUCAUUCCUGUCGACUUUCUCUUGGCUGAACAUCAUGUGCUUCGACAUAUGGCGGACGUUCGGGAGGCUGCGUGGAAACGUAGGCAGGGGACGAUCUCACGACAAGAAGUUCCUGCUCUACUGUCUGUACUCAUGGGGCCUGGCGCUAACCAUCACGUUAUUCGCCAUUCUGAGCGACAACGUCUAUUUCCUACCGGAAUAUUUGAAACCGAAUUUUGGUUCGCUGAAUUGCUGGUUUUCAAGCAAAGGUGAACUGAUUUUCUUCAGAGGGCCAGUGGCGAUUCAGCUGAUAUCCAACGUGGUGUUCUUCAUUCUCACGGCAGAUCACUGUAGCAAGGUGAAAGCCGAGAUAAGAAGGGUUGCUGACCCCUCGGAUCCUAGGAGUAAACGAUUUCACGCCGACAAAACUAAGUUGAUCAUGAUCGUAAAACUGUUCGUGGUCAUGGGGAUAUUUUGGAUCUUAGAGAUAGUGUCCUCCAUCAUGAAUACGUACACCGAUUUCUCCUGGAGACACGAAGCAUUCUAUCCGAGCGACGUGAUAAACUGUCUUCAGGGUUUACUUAUAUUCAUCCUGUUCGUGAUGAAGCCACGAGUGUAUCAGGCGCUGAGGAAUCGAUGCGGAUUCAACGAUAAGAAAAAAAAGUCCAACCAGGGGAUCACCGUGCCCCAAGAUCCCUUCAAAGUGAAGAAAAGCGCCAGCAGCAGCACCCUAACUUCUAGCUACGCUGUCAGCUCGACACCUUGACCGGAACAGGUCGAUUCUCCGUUUCCGGAAACAGUUUCUUGAGGUCUUGAGUCAAGAACAAAUACAUUCUGUACCUUUUAAUACAUUAUUUUCUUUUUGUUAGCCUUAUCGUCGUUUCUUUUUGUAUUUUGUACUUACACGACUUCGUUAAACGUUCGAAAAUGGAAUGAAUGCACGAGUCCUUGAUUUUGAGCUUUAAUAAUAAGAGAACUGUACUUACGUAUGAAUGUUUCUUUUCAAAACUCAGUUUUUUUAAGCGUGACUUUGGUUCGAUACGAAACUUGAUUGAAUUCAAUUUCUUUUUUUUUAUACAAUUUAUUUUUGCUAUAUAUGACUGGUAGAAUAGAUAUGUAUUAAACGUGAAAUUAGUAGAAUUUUUCAGAAAGUUAUGGUACAAAAUAGAAAGUUUGAUACCACGGAACUGACUGUGUUAAAGAUUAUAAUCUUACUCGGAUGAAAUAUUUGUGAUCAAGCUUAUAGUCAAAACUAUAUUAUUUUUAAUUCCACGGAAGUAUUUUAUGCACUUGUUUAGAAUUUUGUAUUCGUGUACCUUAUGGUUAAUUCGUGUUUAAAAAUAACAUUUUGUGACAAUUUUAUCUUUAUAUACUAUCUCAUAUGUAAUAGUUUCUUAACACUUUACCGACCGGUAGCGGUUGAUUAAUCAGCUAUCGGUCGGUAAG